AUGGCCUCGUGGAACGCGUUCAUCGCCAUCUCAAAGCACCGUCUGCUGCGACUGGUGAGUCUAACCAAGGCGCCGUGCAAUGACUUCUACGAGUUCGUGUGUGGCCGUAUGGAGCGCGAGCUGAAGGCAUCUGCGUCCUGGUCACCGGUCGCUCAGCGAACUCUGGUGGCUGAUAGUCUGGAACGCCGCAUGCUGCUUUUUCUCCAGGGUCAACCCGAGGCCACUACCACGGUUACUGUGCUGCGAGAGUGUUUUGCGUGGCUGGGCCUCCAGGAGUGGCCGCUGGCUGAGCAGCAGCCGGUCGACGACAAGGCCGUCGCUGCGGUCACCGUAGCUCUCAGCCGCCGCCUCGGACUCGACGCGCUCUUUCGACUUUCGCUAGCCCCUUUUCUUAUCGAAGGGCAGCUGCGACACGUCUACAAGGUGCAAGAGCCUACUCUGGUGACGCCCUGGUGUGAUCUGCCAAAUCCCCAUGCUGGUCCAGUGAGCCGCCUACGAGCAUUGGCAAGCGAGGCGGUGUUGCUGCUCGCUCCGAAUUCACCAAACACCUUAGACGCCGAGAACAGCGCCUUCCGUAUUGCUUGCAUGCUGACCAAGGUACGAUCUCUGUGCGGUGAUGAGAAGUGGUCGAACAGCGUGGUCCUCGUCAGCCUCGACACCUUGCCGGUGGUGGUGCAAGCCAGCGUGGUGGAUGUCGCUGACCACGCAGAGAACAGCGUAGGCGUUCCUUGUCAUGCUUUUGUGGACCUCAUGGACAACGUCUUCGAGCCCGGAAAUUUGUGA